AACACACAGCUUGAGCAAGCGUCACAGCAUCAUGGCUGGUCUGAAGAGCUGGUCUGUUUUAAUGAUUAUACUGUACAAUUUCUGCCACAAAUGUAUUCCAAGUGGAAUUUCAACGCAUGUUGAAAUAGCACAUAGAGCUCUGGAAUUUUUCACCAAACAUGAAGGCAACGUCGAUUAUAGACAGUUGUUACUAAACCACCAAGAUGCAUUUCAGGCUGGGAGCAUUUAUCCUGAUGCUUUUUAUCCUCCAAUCUGCAAACGUGGGAUAUACCAUGAUGUGUCUGAAGAUACUCACUGGUCACCAUUUCUUAAUGCAAGUAUUCACUACAUCAGAAGGAAUUAUCCUCAGCCUUGGGAAGAGGCUACAGAGAAGCUGGUGGCUUUCCUGUUUGGGAUUGCCUCACAUAUGGUGGCAGAUGUUAGCUGGCACAGCCUGGGCAUCAACCAAGGAUUUUUAAAAGCCAUGGGAGAAGUUGAUUUUCAUGGUUCAUAUUCAGAAGCUCACAGUGUUGGAGAUUUUGGAGGAGAUGUACUGAGUCAGUUUGAGCUGGACUUCAGUUACCUGACACCAAACUGGUAUGUACCUGUCAAAGACCUAGCCUCUAUCUAUAAGGAAUUUUAUGGAAGAGAGAUCAUAACUGAAGGCACAAUUACUGACUGCACUUACCUGCUGUUUCUUGAGCUACAUGGAGAAAGGCUUGCUGUUGCCAAGCUCUUUCCAACAUAUGCUAGUAAAUCUCCAUUUCUGGUGGAAAAGUUCCAUGAAUAUUUCCUUGGAGGAGUAGAUGACAUGGCAUUCUGGACAAACAAUAUUUUUGAGCAGAUGAGCCGAAUGCUGGAGAAUGGAGUCAGUGGCUGCUUUCUGCCUGAGAACCCUCUGUUUAUAAACUGUACAAGGGACCACAAGGAUAACUACCUAAGCAAACACUCAAAAAAUGAACAUCACAAAAAUACAACUUCUUCACUUCCAAAGACAUUUGAAAAGAAUAUAACCUAUACAGAGAGAGGAGUUCACUUCAGUAUACAGUCUUGGGCAACAAAUUCCCUCCGAUUCAUAAAUCGUGCUUUUGCAAAAACUGUCUGGAGAGUGAUAGCAACUACACAUCAAAAAUCCUCUAAGUACAUCCCUAAGCCAAUAUCUUCAUAUUUUCUUGCUUCGCCAUAUGCUAGACUUGGAUGGGCAAUGAUUUCAGCUGACAUAAACCAGGAUGGAUAUGAAGAUCUGGUAGCUGGAGCACCAGGCUACAGCACACUGGGCCACAUUCAGAUAGGAAGGGUAUAUAUAGUCUAUGGCAAUCGUUCAGGUUUGCCACAAGAAGACAUGGAUCUGGAUGAAAAAGCAGACCAAGUACUAGAGGGUCAUCAGCCUUCAGGCAGAUUUGGUUCUGCAUUGGCAGUCCUGGACUUCAAUGAGGAUGGAGUGCCAGAUCUGGCAAUUGGAGCACCUUCUGUGGGAUCUCAGUUUCUCAGUUACAAAGGUGCUGUAUAUGUCUAUUUUGGAACUAAGGGAAGAGGCUUGGCAUCUCAACCAAACAUGACCAUAACUUGUCAGUAUUCCUACUGUAAUCUUGGUUGGUCCCUCCUGGCAGCUGACAUUGAUGGAGAUCAAAAUGCUGAUCUGGUUGUUGGCUCUCCAUAUGCACCUGGUAGUGGUCAACAGAGAGGAUUUGUAGCUGCAUUUUACUCUUAUUUCAACAGAAGUAACCAAGGACUCCUGUCUAUAGAGGAUGCCAACUGGAUGGUGAAUGGGGAAGAAAACUAUGCUUGGUUUGGAUUUUCACUUCAUAGCUGUCAACUGGAGAAUGCAACAUUACUGCUGAUUGGUAGCCCUACAUGGAAGAAUUGUUUUGAGUGCAAUCCCUUCUCAUCGGACGUCAGACAAAGUGUUGGGAAAGUGUAUGGAUAUAACCCACCAAGCACAAAGCCCUGGUUUACAAUAACUGGAAACAAGGCAAUGGGCAGAAUGGGUUUGUCACUGGCCAGUGGUGUGAUGUCUGUGGCUGGGAUCACCAGGACAGUGUUGGUGGUGGGGGCACCUACUACAGACAGUCUAUCUAGGAUUUCAUUUUUGUCCCCGGUGUUGCACCAAGCUGGAAUAGCUCUGAUAUAUGAUCUGGCAGACAGCACCAAGCCUUCUUCGCUCAGUACAUUCAGUGGGGACAGAAGGUUUUCUCGCUUUGGAGGAGAUACAUACUUAAGUGACCUGGAUAAUGAUGGACUAGAUGAAAUGAUUGUAACAUCCCCCCUGAGAACUAAUGAUAUCACCACAGUACUGCUUGGUGGGACAGCUGGCCGUGUUUACAUCUAUAAUGGAAAUCAGUCAUCUUCAGGGAAUGUGACAGACCACUGCAAAUCAUGGAUAUCUCCCUGUCCUGAGGACUGGGCACAAUAUGUCCUCAUUUCUCCUGAGGAACAGUCAAGAUUUGGAAGUUCUGUCAUCACUGUGAAAUCUGAAAAAAAGAAAGAAGUCGUAGUGGCAGCAGAGAGAAGUUCAGCGAAAGCUCGACUUGGAGGAAGGCUUUUUCUCUACUCAUUCUGAAUAGUCCUGGUGGUCUUUAAGACCAGGGCAAAACUGGUCUUUCAAGGAAGAAUCUCUGUAAUAUCUGUGAUACUUUCCUCAACCCCUAACGAAUCAACAAAAACAUGACAGCAAACCUCAGUAGAUACGUGGUACAGAUAGCUAGGUAGCACCCCACAUAGUAUCCAGGGAGUGAGGCAUGCUCACUGAUCUUAAACCAUGGCAAAUUUUCACAAGUGAAUUACCAAAACAACUUUUUGUUGUGAGGUUAACCAAAAGGAUUUAUUAAUCACUGUUUAGCAGCAAACACUCUACUGCUUACUACACAACUAAUAAUUAAGCAAACAUCAAAAUCUAACACAUUUUCCUUCCCUGAAAUUACUGCUAGUUGAUGCCUUAAUAUCUUUGUCUCCCCUGUAGCCCCUUUAGCUACAGGGCCUAUUGUACUUUUGUAUUCAAAUCUUGUUAUUUUUACUUUUCAUUGGUGAUGUUUAGCAGAAGUUCUUUGAGCAUCUAUACUUGAGAUUAUUGACAUCUGAGGUCCUGUACCAAAUAAAAAAUUUACUAUUUGUCUUUA